CCCGCCCCAGUCCCGGCCCCGGCCCCCGCGGGAAGUGGCUGAGCCACCGCCGCCCGGAUGGCGAGCCUCGCCGCGCUCGCCCUCAGCCUGCUCCUGCGGUUGCAGCUGCCGCCGCUACCCGGCGCCCGGGCGCAGAGCGCCGCAGGUGGCUGUUCCUUUGAUGACCACUACAGCAACUGUGGUUACAGCGUGGCCCUGGGGACCAAUGGGUUUACCUGGGAGCAGAUUAACACGUGGGAGAAACCAAUGUUGGACCCAGCGGUGCCUACAGGAUCCUUCAUGAUGGUGAACAGCUCUGGGAGGGCCUCUGGCCAGAAGGCGCACCUUCUCCUGCCGACCCUGAAGGAGAAUGACACCCACUGCAUCGAUUUCCAUUACUACUUCUCCAGCCGCGACAGGUCCAGCCCGGGGGCCUUGAAUGUCUAUGUGAAGGUGAACGGUGGGCCCCAGGGGAACCCUGUCUGGAACGUGUCUGGGGUCGUCACUGAGGGCUGGGUGAAGACAGAGCUUGCCAUCAGCACCUUCUGGCCACAUUUCUACCAGGUGAUAUUUGAAUCCGUCUCUCUGAAGGGUCAUCCUGGCUACAUCGCUGUGGACGAGGUCCGGGUCCUUGCCCAUCCAUGCAGAAAAGCACCCCAUUUUCUGCGGCUCCAAAAUGUCGAGGUGAACGUGGGGCAGAAUGCCACCUUUCAGUGCAUUGCUGGUGGAAAGUGGUCUCAGCAUGACAAACUUUGGCUCCAGCAAUGGAAUGGCAGGGACACGGCCCUCAUGGUCACCCGCGUGGUCAACCACAGGCGCUUCUCGGCGACAGUCAGUGUGGCGGACACUACCCAGCGGAGUGUGAGCAAGUACCGCUGUGUGAUCCGCUCUGACGGUGGCUCUGGUGUGUCCAACUACGCUGAGCUGAUUGUGAAAGAGCCUCCCACACCCAUCGCCCCCCCAGAGCUGCUGGCCGUGGGGGCCACAUACCUGUGGAUCAAGCCGAAUGCCAACUCCAUCAUUGGAGACGGCCCCAUCAUCCUGAAGGAGGUGGAGUACCGCACCACCACCGGCACCUGGGCAGAGACCCACAUCGUCGACUCUCCCAACUAUAAGCUGUGGCACCUGGACCCCGAUGUGGAGUAUGAGAUCCGGGUACUGCUCACGCGACCAGGGGAAGGGGGCACGGGACCACCAGGGCCUCCCCUCACCACCAGAACCAAGUGUGCAGACCCGGUGCACGGCCCGCAAAACGUGGAGAUCGUGGACAUCCGAGCCCGGCAGCUGACGCUGCAGUGGGAGCCCUUCGGCUACGCGGUGACCCGCUGCCACAGCUACAACCUCACGGUGCAGUACCAGUACGUGUUCAACCAGCAGCAGUACGAGGCCGAAGAGCUCAUUCAGACCUCCUCCCACUACACCCUGCGGGGCCUGCGCCCCUUCAUGACCAUCCGGCUGCGGCUGCUGCUGUCCAACCCCGAGGGCCGGAUGGAGAGUGAGCAGCUGGUGGUGCAGACGGAGGAGGAUGUUCCAGGAGCUGUUCCUCUAGAGUCCAUCCAAGGGGGUCCCUUUGAGGAGAAGAUCUACAUCCAGUGGAAACCUCCCAAUGAGACCAACGGGGUCAUCACACUCUACGAGAUCAACUACAAGGCCGUGGGCUCAUUGGACCCGAGUGCCGACCUCUCCAGCCAGAGGGGCAAAGUGUUCAAGCUUCGGAAUGAAACCCACCACCUCUUUGUGGGUCUGUACCCCGGGACCACCUACUCCUUCACCAUCAAGGCCAGCACAGCAAAGGGCUUUGGGCCCCCUGUUACCACCAGGAUCGCCACCAAAAUUUCAGCUCCAUCGAUGCCUGAAUAUGACACAGACACCCCACUGAAUGAAACAGACACGACCAUCACAGUGAUGCUGAAGCCCGCUCAGUCUCGGGGAGCCCCUGUCAGUGUUUAUCAGCUGGUUGUCAAGGAGGAGCGACUUCAGAAGUCACGGAGGGCAGCUGACAUCAUUGAGUGCUUUUCGGUGCCGGUGAGCUAUAGGAAUGCCUCCAGCCUCGAUUCUCUACACUACUUUGCUGCUGAGUUGAAGCCUGCCAACCUGCCUGUCACCCAGCCAUUUACAGUGGGUGACAACAAGACAUACAAUGGCUACUGGAACCCACCUCUUUCCCCUCUGAAAAGCUACAGCAUCUACUUCCAGGCACUCAGCAAAGCAAAUGGAGAGACCAAAAUCAACUGUGUUCGUCUGGCUACGAAAGCACCAAUGGGCAGCGCCCAGGUGACCCCGGGGACUCCACUCUGCCUUCUCACCACAGGUGCCUCCACUCAGAAUUCCAACACCGUGGAGCCAGAGAAGCAGGUGGACAACACUGUGAAGAUGGCCGGCGUGGUCGCCGGCCUCCUCAUGUUCAUCAUCAUUCUCCUGGGCGUGAUGCUCACCAUCAAAAGACGAAGAAAUGCUUAUUCCUACUCCUAUUACUUGUCCCAAAGGAAGCUGGCCAAGAAGCAGAAGGAGACACAGAGUGGAGCGCAGAGGGAGAUGGGGCCCGUGGCCUCGGCCGACAAACCCACCACCAAGCUCAGCACCGGCCGCAACGACGAAGGCUUCUCUAGCUCACAGGACGUUAACGGAUUCACAGAUGGCAGCCGUGGGGAGCUGUCCCAGCCCACCCUCACGAUCCAGACUCACCCCUACCGGGCCUGUGACCCCGUGGAGAUGAGCUAUCCCCGGGACCAGUUCCAGCCCGCCAUCCGGGUGGCUGACCUGCUCCAGCACAUCACUCAGAUGAAGAGAGGCCAGGGCUACGGGUUCAAGGAGGAAUAUGAGGCCUUACCGGAGGGGCAGACAGCCUCGUGGGACACAGCCAAAGAGGAUGAAAACCGCAACAAGAAUCGAUACGGCAACAUCAUAUCCUAUGACCAUUCUCGAGUGAGGCUGCUGGUGCUGGAUGGAGACCCACACUCCGACUACAUCAACGCCAACUACAUUGAUGGGUACCAUCGACCUCGGCACUACAUUGCUACUCAAGGUCCCAUGCAGGAGACCGUAAAGGACUUCUGGAGAAUGAUCUGGCAGGAGAACUCGGCCAGCAUCGUCAUGGUCACAAACCUCGUGGAAGUGGGCAGGCACCCAGCGGGACACACUGUGGGAAAUGCCACUCUAAGCCGCUCGGCGUCCCCCGGAAUGGUGAAGUGUGUGCGAUACUGGCCGGAUGACAUGGAGGUCUACGGAGACAUUAAAGUCACCCUGAUCGAAACAGAGCCCCUGGCAGAGUACAUCAUCCGCACCUUCACAGUCCAGAAGAAAGGCUACCAUGAGAUCCGGGAGCUCCGCCUCUUCCACUUCACCAGCUGGCCCGACCACGGCGUCCCCUGCUAUGCCACCGGCCUCCUCGGCUUUGUCCGCCAGGUCAAGUUCCUCAAUCCCCCAGAAGCUGGGCCCAUAGUGGUCCACUGCAGUGCUGGUGCCGGGAGGACUGGCUGCUUCAUCGCCAUCGACACCAUGCUUGACAUGGCCGAGAAUGAAGGGGUGGUGGACAUCUUCAACUGCGUGCGUGAGCUCCGGGCCCAGAGGGUCAACCUGGUGCAGACGGAGGAGCAGUAUGUGUUUGUGCACGACGCCAUCCUGGAAGCGUGUCUCUGCGGCAACACGGCCAUCCCGGUAUGCGAGUUCCGCUCUCUCUACUACAAUAUCAGCAGGCUGGACCCCCAGACCAACUCCAGCCAAAUCAAAGACGAAUUUCAGACCCUCAACAUCGUGACUCCUCGCGUCCGGCCUGAGGACUGCAGCAUCGGUCUCCUGCCACGGAACCAUGAUAAGAAUCGGAGCAUGGAUGUCCUGCCUCUGGACCGCUGCCUGCCCUUCCUCAUCUCGGUGGAUGGAGAAUCGAGCAACUACAUCAAUGCGGCACUGAUGGAUAGCCACAAGCAGCCUGCCGCGUUCGUGGUCACACAACACCCUCUACCCAACACCGUGGCGGACUUCUGGAGGCUGGUGUUCGAUUAUAACUGCUCCUCUGUGGUGAUGCUGAAUGAGCUGGACACUGCCCAGCUCUGUAUGCAGUACUGGCCUGAGAAGACCUCGGGGUGCUACGGGCCCAUCCAGGUGGAAUUCGUCUCCGCAGACAUCGAUGAGGACAUCAUCCACAGAAUAUUCCGCAUCUGUAACAUGGCUCGGCCACAGGAUGGAUAUCGUAUAGUCCAGCACCUCCAGUACAUUGGCUGGCCUGCCUACCGGGACACACCCCCCUCCAAGCGCUCUCUGCUCAAAGUGGUCCGACGGCUGGAGAAGUGGCAGGAGCAGUACGAUGGGAGGGAGGGACGCACUGUGGUCCACUGCCUAAAUGGGGGAGGCCGCAGCGGAACCUUCUGUGCUGUCUGCAGCGUGUGUGAGAUGAUCCAGCAGCAAAACAUCAUCGAUGUGUUCCACAUCGUGAAAACAUUACGUAACAACAAGUCCAACAUGGUGGAGACCCUGGAACAGUAUAAAUUUGUAUACGAGGUGGCACUGGAAUAUUUAAGCUCCUUUUAGCCCAAUGGCGUGGAGCACCUGCCGGAGUCCAGAGGCUGCUGCAGCCAACCCCCUUUUCUGUGAACGGCAGCGACUGGGCUCAGGGGCUAAGCGGUGGCGCCCUGCCCAACUCCAGGAGAAGACUGGUGGGCCUGUGGUCCACGGUGGGCUCUGUACCUUCGUAGGAGUCUCCAGUUGCUGUGGAGGACGCCGCCCUGAAAGGCCCAGGCUUCUUUUCCAGCCUCAGGCACGGGCCCAUACAGAAGUGCACCUGUAUAGCAAGGCCCGGAUUUUUCAGUGCCCAGACCUCUUCCUUUUGCUCUUUUCAGGUUUGUGAAUCUCGAGGCAAGCUGACUGUGUGGGUAUAAGGGAGUGACAGGCCUGGCAGCACGUCCUCUGCUCUCCGUCCUCUAGGCGGUGGGGGGAUGUGUGCUUUCCUCCUCCACGGGGUCGUGAAUAUGACCGGGCUCUGCUGCCGUCUCCUGCAGGGACCUCUGGAUCACUGGGACUUCAGGAUGCUCCCGAGACCACAGCAGAGGCCCCCAUCCUCCCAACUAACCUGCAUGGGGCUUGGCCCACCACCAUUGUGUACUCGUCCCCCAGCCCAGGCCUUGACCUUCUGUCGUUCACUGGCCAGUCCGCCGUGUCCGCGGCAGUCCUGGACAAAGGUCUGCUUUGCGUUUCUGUGGUCAGUGCGGUGGGGCAGAACUGCAGGGGACUUUGCUGCUGCUCCUUGUGUCUGUGAAGAAGGACUGCCUCCCUGGGGCACGGCUCUGGCUGACCCUGUGUGUCUUGGGCGGUGGCUCCUUUGGGAGGGAUGAACAAGUUAAGAUUUGAUGAUUUUCCAAAGUGUACGUGUAAAGAAACUUUCUUUUGGAGGGUGUAAAAUCUUUCUUAGUCUCAUAUCAAAAAAAGGUGGGAGGGACGUUUGGUUGUGUAGCUAUAAGACAAAUCUCUGGGGCCUGUUAUCUCUCCUGGAAAUGUCCUCAAAAGAUCCCAGCCAGGGACAGCACAGCCACUGAGCAAGGGAGAGAUAGUCUGAAGGGCUAGUCUGAAGACAGUCCCUUUUGGCCUUUGGGGCAGACAGACAGAGUACCGGCAUAACCUCGGAUCUCCAAAUUUGAACACCUUCCUAGAGAAACUCAGCUGCCAUCUUAGAAAAUAGUCAUCAUGGACCCAGCUAUACUUUUUGGUUUAAAAUAGGACAAGGGGAUCAGACCUGGGGAACCUAGACUCUUGCCCAAAGUAUGGGUCAGUCAGUGACUGACAGGGGCGCCAGCAUUGGCUAAGUAUCUCUCAUAUGCCAGGCUUGGCAAGUUCUUAGAACCCACCCCCGCCCUCCCUGAGAGAGCUAUUCACCUGUUAUCCUUAUUUUACAACCGAAGACACUGAGGCGUCUUCCUCAGUCAUGAUGUUCUGGUUUCCAAAAGGCAGGUAAUAGUGAUGAGACUUCUUUGUAACGUUUUCUUCAUCCUUUUCUCAGCCAAGCAAUUAUUAUAUGGACGGAAAAUAAGGCCAGAAAUUUCUGAGCAGCGAACUCCACAAAUGGGAAUUUAAUUCUUUCUUUCCUAUGCCAAUUUUUCUGGGAAGCUCAGAAUUUCAGAUAUAUUUCAGCAACUCAUUCCCAGCUCCCCAGGAAAGCUAGUCCCAUCUCCGUUCUUAGCCAGUGAAAACAAUUCCCUGUGCCCUCAGGCGGUGAGGUCUGCCAGCCAGGGACACUCUACCUUGGUCUCUAGCUGGUGCUUUGGUACAGUACCUGGCAGCCCCCGGGUGGCCUGGGAUCCAGGAAGCUUCAUCUUGAAGGCUGGUCUAGCUCCAGAGCGGCCAUGAGAAGCAUAGAAUUCAAUAAGGCACAGUGUUCUCCCUAAAGAACUUACUGUAUCCUGGGAAAACUGAACCACAGCGCAAAGUGUUACACGAGCCUCACAGCAAGAGAGAUUCAGCGUAGAGCUUUCUAGAGGAGGUGACAUCCAUUCCACUGGGUAGAAAAAGGAAGAAAAGGAAACUCAGGCCAAGGUAUCAGCAUAUGCAAAGACAAAGAGGUGUGCAGAAUCCUUGGCGGGGGGGGGGGGGGGGGGUGCGGUGAGAUGGCAGAUGAGCUCAACUAGAGCAGAACAUGGCAGGAGGACAGCCAGGGUCAGGGGGCAAAUGCUCCACCAGCAGGGCAGACUUGGCCCCUGCGGGCAAGCAGGACGCAGUGGAGCUUUGAGUGAUGCACUCAGCUCAGUGCUAGAGGAGGCUCCCUCUGGGGCCAGUGGGGCUGCCUCUUUCCUUUCAUCAGACACUGUGAAAAUGGUCCCUUAAGCGUAUACUUUUUAAUAUCACAUCUAUUUGUCUGUCUGCUCAUUAUUUUGUUGCUGGAUCAGGAGACGCAGCUUCUGUGAGAAACUCAGGGUCUCUGCUCUGCCACGAAGCAGGGUGACCAAGCCAGACCCCUGGGCCCAUGAGGACGGGACAUGGAAGGAGCCCACAGAAGCUGUUCCCGUCAGCAUGGGCUCUGGAACUGUCUGGAAGUCCAGGGACACCAGACUCGAUCAAGGAAGGGCUGUCACUUCGGAGGUUCAAAAGGAAGCAUCUCAAAGCAAAAGAAGGCGGAGGAGCCCCACCAUGAACUUGCUCUUCCCCUUUCAUGGUCCCUUUUCCUGGUCCCCAGGCCCUGGCCCCCUGCUGGCCUCCCCUGGCUCUAGUCUCUGCCUUCAAGGAGCCUGUGACAUAGCAGAUCAGCCAGCUAUAUGCUCCUCUCUCAGAUCUGGGCUCAUCCGUACAGAAUGGGGGCUGGGAGAGGGUUGUGCUCUCUAACAAACACAAAGAAACCCUAGGAUUUACUCUGCUCAGGAGGGGGCAGAAUAGCUGGCAGAUGAAAAUGACAGUGGCUUCUAUCAUUUCAGAUGGUAGGAAUUUAGAAUGUGACUUUGGGGAGAAGGAAUUUAGAAUGAAAACUCGGGCCGUGCUGGGUAACCCAACAAGGGCCAGUGAUGGUUCCCCCAGCUCAGCACCCCUGGCCCCCGUCACUUCCUCACAACCCAACCGCCCUCCAGAGGAUGCAGGGCAGUGAACAGUCUCCGGCCAGUUUACACUGGAAGACACUGAGGCUCGCGGAUGGGGAUGCUUCCCCCAAGAUCCCACGUGGCAAGAAUGUGGCAGGACGUGGAUGAGACGGGGCGCUGGUGCCCGGGAAUUUGGACUUGAUCCCAGGAAAGCUCAUGGGCAAACAGCACCUCCCCCGGGGUACUCUACACUUACGGGGCAGGCUCACCGUUCACGACACAGAGGGAAGUGGAACUCAUGGUCUCUGGGUCUCCAUGACGGGGGCCAGCCUCCUGUCUCUGGGCUGCCCAAGAGAGUCCCCUCACUUAGCACAAAGCCUCAUGGCUCUCACCUCCUAGACGUGGACCCUGUUUGGAGGAGAGGCAAGGAAUUAACGAGAAGCCAGGUACUGUCCCCACCUGACUGCACGUCUGGCCUAGACAUCUUCGGGAUGUAUCCUAGCUGCAUCCUAACACGUCGUCCUCUCCUCCUUUCUGGUACGAAGGUCCUGGGGCCGGGGGGCUCUGAGCCUCUAGAUGGCUACAGCACGCCUCCCGUUGUGGGAGCAGAAGGGGUCAGAUUGCUUUUACACUGUCUCUGGAUGUAGCCCGGGCAGUGGCCUGCCUGCCAGAUGUCUGCCUUCCCGUGCAAGCAGCAGACCCUGUGCUGGAGACUGUAAACGUGAGCUCACCGAAUUCUUCCAGCGUUCCUAAGAAGUGCUUCUAAUUGUCACCAUUUUAUACAUGAGGAGACUGAGGUUCAGAGGGGUGAAGUCGUUGGCCCACAGUUCCACCACAGCUAGUAAAGGAGGGAGCCAGGAUUUAAACUGGUUCUUUUGACUUCAAAGACAAUAUUUUCCCAUGUCUCAGAUUUUCCCAUGGUGGGGGGGGCUACCCAUAACAGCAAAGACUAGAGUGAAACAGGCCCAAUGGAUCUUGUAAAGCCCAAAGCAGACAAUGGUCAGCUUAAAAUUCCUUCAGUUUCAUGUCUAGCAAUUCACAUAAUAUUUGCAUUCUUCUCUAAUUUAGCCUGAUUUGUUUUCAUAGAAGUGCAUAAAUAUUUUUUUAACCACAUGUGCUCUGGUCCCUCAUGUGGCUUUGAUCCCUUCAACUCACUAUGAUGGACCCUAGGGAAUUACAGCCCAGUCUAAGAGGCACAAUGCCUGGCCAUGCUGCUUCCUCCUGCGGCCAAUUCUAGACUCAAGUGCAGCCCACCUUCCCCUUAGCAGAUCCUAUGGUAUGGGGGUACCCUGACCUCACUGUUCAUGGGUUGAUCUCAACUCAAGUCUUCUUAAGUUGGAUACUGGAAAAAAGCCAUUGAAAUCUACUAGAAUUACAAGGACAUGCCCAUCUGGAGUGGCGACGGCUGAGCGCAUAAAAUCCUAAAGGGAAAGGAGGUGAUGAACACAGCCUUACUCAGCAGAUUCCUGAAUGCUGGGGCCUCUACAAGGCGGUGUCCUUAGUCUAGGUAGAGUCAUACGGUUGCUAAUGUGGGCCAAUCUGAGGACACACUUCACGUGAGGGGCUGGGGGCUGGAAGCCUCGUCACUUUACUGCAACCCCACAUACUCACUGGGUUCUUACAACACGCAGGGCCCUGGGGGGGCUGCCAUCAGGAAGCUCAGUUUACUAUGGCACAGCCCAUCCCUUGCUGAGACAUGGGGUUGUGAUAGGAAGGACUCAGUCUUUGGUUCUAAUUCAGCCCAGCCAUUUCUUGGCUGUAGAAUGUUGGGCAACCAACCAGUUAGUGGGAAAGAGGAGCCUCGGCCAGGUAGAAGGGGUAAGUAGAUCUGGAGAGCUUUGGGUAGGAAAACGGGAAGGCAAAGCCAAGAAGUUAGGACCCGAUAGGACUCCUCAGAACCAAGGUUGCAUACGGUCUGCUGGGCAAAGUGGUCACUUCUGUGACACAGUAGGAUGGGGGAUGGAGAGGGACUGGCCAGAACCACCUGGAACAAAGGUGCUGCUUUCGAAUGUGUCUCAGUAUCUUGGAGAGAAGAUGAUAAUCUUUCCCUCUGACCAAUCACGUUUAUCCAUCAUCGGUUCCCCGUUGGUAAGCUAGCCUCCCCAUGCUCAUUUCCUCAGCUCUGGUGUGAAUCCCUGGUGUGUGUCCUCACUGCGGUCCACACAGUUGUGGUGUGAAUCCCUGUUGUGUGCAUAGAGGUGUUCAGUCUAGCAAGAAUGCUGCAGACAGAAGUGAGGCCCAGGGGGGAGCAAACAGAUGCUCAUCAUGUCAUCUUUGCAGGAGUAACUGCCCAGCCCAGAUCCAGGGACACUGAAGGAGAGGGCAGCUCCCCUGUACCUCACAGGGGAUGAAGAAAACCCCCUUCACUUAGCCUGCAUCUGGCCUCUCCUGGGCUGGACAGAGAGGCCAUCAGCACCAAGUUGAGUCAGGAGUAAUGCCAUGGAAAACACGGGUGAGCCUGUCGGUAAGAUGACCACGAUGCUAAUUCUAAACCAUAAGGCCAACACAUUGUGCUGGGCCGGGAUCCCGGGGGACAGGUGGUCAACCCAAGCUGCAGGGCAGAAGAUGAGACAUGAGUCACGUGGUGGCCGUGCAUCUCCAAGCCCUGACUUGCCUUCCCCGUCAUCUAACUAGUCUGAGCUCCUUCUCAGCCCAUGAUGCCAGCUUCAAAUCACAGCCAAAUAAAACAGGGAAAUAAGUAAUGUGAACCCAGCAUAGAGGGAACCAGCUGAGACUCAGCCUUGUUCCUAUAUCCCCAUGCAAGUGUUCCGUGUUGGAGGUUUUCAACAGAGACGUGCCUAGCAGUGAUAAAAUGCAAAGCCUUGGCUUCCAUCUAUCCAGGAUCUGCCUUUGAGGUCAUACACUGUCUGAACAGCAAGGAGAGAAGUCAGUGGCAGAGAGUGGCAGAGGCUCCAGUUUUUCAGAGUCAUGGGUAUGAUCCUCAGAAGCACAGAGAGAUGUCUAAGCCAUACUUAUGCACGUGAACAGACUCUUCUGGUUUACUGGUAGCCAGACAUAGACUUUUGCGUCACGCUGGCUGGCUGUACAACACUCUUGUAGGUACCAAGACCAUCUCUUGCAUCCCUCCUGCCUGCCUCCAGAAGAGGUGGAAAAGGGUCAUCAAAGAGGCCACAUUCACCCCCUCAAAUCCACCCAAGAAUGUUAGGUCCCAAGAGGCGGGGUCAGCACCCAUAAUGGUAGACCCCAGGCUUAGCAUCCUAGUUAUACUAAGAGGUUGGGCUAGUCACUGCCAUUGACACAAAGAUGUAGGACUCAGCAUGGGCAUACUAUAGAGUAAAGCUGCUGGGGCAGGGUUACCAUGGAGCUUCCGUAGGUGUCUGAGAGCCGCUCUGAGCAGUGGGAUUUGGACCCUGAUCCCUGGUUGAAAUGUUCAGAGAAUGAGGGUCUGUGGUCCUUAGAGUGUUGGUCAGGAAGGUAUUGGUACGAAAGCCUGGAGCUCAGGGUAAUUAUUAUACUUUAUGGUUCCUUGGUGAGUGGGAUGCUUAGAUUUGGGGGAGGAAAGGGAUUACGAAGCAACCUGCCAAAACCGCAAAGUUGAGUUCCUGUACACAUACUUCUGUGCCUUUGGGCUUAUGAAUACAAAGCAGUGGGCCCCCUUCGUGAUGGUCCAACAAACUCUCGGUGCCCACCGUGCACCUGUCUCUCCCAUGGAAGAUUAAUGAUGUAGGCUGUUCUUUGGACCAAAGCCUCCAGGGCAGUCUGGAGGCUCAGAGGGCCAAGGGGUGACAUCCCAGGUCAGAUCAGACUUCUGAAGAGUUACGCAGAAUACCAGUGCCCAUACCCUCCAUAGGCCUGCAGAUCGUUAGAUAAAUUCAAGCACAGUUUACUAGUCCCGGAUCACUCCUAUGAGUGGAACGAGGACCAAUGGAUGAAACUUCAUAGCUGUAGGAGAGAACUUGCUAUCUGCCAGAGAUGAGUUCUGUCUCAGCAGCUGUUCAGCAAGAGCCAGGCAUCUCUUUAAAGGGAAGAAAGAGCUUUGCUGAGAGGGCCUUUAAGUUUCUUCCACCCUAGAUGAAUGUAUUACAGAGCCGGGACCUUGUCUGAACGCCUUCCUUCCUGCAGAGCACAGAGCCGAGCAGGUUGGGCUUGGUGUGUGCUGGUUGAAGCCCCUACUCUCCUGCUGCCCCAGCACCGCGCAGGCCAAGAUGCUGCUCUAGCCACGCAUCAAAGGCUCAUCCAGGCUGGUUAUCACCAAACAGCCCAGAGAGAGCAGCUGCUUUGCCACAGAACCCAGGCCCACCAAGAUCUGUGAUGAGACCAGUCAUAAUUUCGAUCCGCUGGCCAACAGGGCCAUCAGUGACAGCCGGAAUCAGUAAAGGUCCAAGUAGGACCCAGAGUGGGGUUUUGCUUCCCAUACACAUUAACUCCAGAGGUGAAUUCUACCCCUCCCCUCCGCAGUCGAGGCCUGUUAGAGCAAAUUGCAAAAGCAAAAGCACAGUGACUCAGUUGACAUGUGAUCACAGUCAUCCCCGGUACAUCCGUUUCAUUGCCAGGUAGAUCCUGAACUAGCCCAGGCUAAUCCAGGCUCACCCAUAUUGGCAAUCAGACUCAAAAGCACUUUCCUACCUUCUCUUUCCACCCUACAUCUUACCAGCCAAUGAAAGGCAAAGAGUUGGGGUUUCUACCAUUGCCUUGGCCACUGGACACCAUCAUAGCCGCAUAAGGGCCAUCACGGGGUUCCCAUCAACUCCAGGGAGACUGACAUUUUCAUGUCCACUGGGCAUAUGACACUGCACGAGACCAAAGUCUCCACACUGUUAGCAGCCUCCUCCACGAGUCCCAAUGGCCUGCACUUGUACAGUUUGGGUGUUUGAUAGAUAAGGCACGUAUGAGAAGAGAAAACAAAAUAAAUCAACUUUUUAAAAAAGCCAGCACUGUGCUGUCAAUGUUUUAUUUUUUUUUUUUCCUUUCCAAUUCUAGCUUCAAAAAGCAGAAGGUAAAUAAUGUCAGGUCAAUGAAUAUCAGAUAUAUUUUUUGACUGUACAUUACAGUGAAGUGUAAUCUUUUUACACCUGCAAGUCCAUCUUAUUUAUUCUUGUAAAUGUUCCCUGACAAUGUUUGUAAUAUGGCUGUGUUAAAAAUCUAUACAAUAAAGCUGUGACCCUGA